UUCGCAGUACUGCGUUGACUGCAUACGUGAGCACAACAAAAUUUCAAUCAUCCGUUGCCGUUGUGUUUUUUUCGUCUGGCCUUUUAAUUUGAAGUGUCAAGCAAAUUUUUACAUUUUGAUAUGUUGUAUCUCCAAAAAUGGGCACUUAAUAAUUUUUUUAGGAUUUCGGUGAUUUCACGUAAUAAAUUUAGUGUAAAUCAACAUUGAUUUUUUGUUCAUAAUUAGUUUUAACGAGAAAGAAAGAGUUUUCUGUUGAAGCUAAAAAAAAUACCAAGAGAUAAAUACAAAGACCAAUGUAUUCCAAAGUUCAAAUUGAAAGCGACUUUUUGUGUCAUUCAACAAUCCAAUGACUUCUGUGCUGUUUUGAAUAUUCAUCCGAUCCAAUGAUCAUGAGCUGUUAAUUCAAAAUAAAAGAGCUGUGUAUAUGUGUAUUAGACAAUUUUUCAACACAAUUGAGAAUUGAAUAGCGUUAAAUGGAAUUUCUCAUCGAAUUUAUGUGCAUCACGUACCAAAUGGAAAUUCAUUAAAAAAUUUCGAUCAGAACGACUGAAAAGUAUUGACCCGAAAUUACACAGUAAAUAGACAAAUGGAAUUGAAUCGACGAAAUACUCAAUGUGAUUGUCGAGUUGCCGGCACGGUGUUGGGUUCGAUUGGAAUUUUGAUAUCCAUUGGAUGUGGUUUACUUUUUACAUAUGUAUUUUUAUCGAUGGGCGCUAAUGAUUUCGGUUUGGCGGUUGCUGCAAUAGCUGUUUUAAACUGUGUCGCAAGCAUAGUGUGGAUUUGGGGUAUUUCGAAAAAGAAAAUUGGCUUUCUAACAGCCAGUAUCAUUUGGUGGAUAGUGCCUUUGUGCGUCUGUCUAUUAUUCCUCAUAAUUUACAUAAGCGUUAGCGACGACAAUGCGUCCAAUACAUCUCAUAAGCGGGACAGUCUGGCUCAAUUCUUUGAGAGCUUAUUCAAUAUGGUGGCAAUCAGUGGAACAGCGUUCUGCUUGAUAUUCUACAUUGUAGCAGUGGUGUGUUUCAUUAAAAUCAGAGCAUCUAUCCGAAAAAGCCGAUCGGAAAAUCUACGACUGGGCAUAUCGUAUACAGCUGCAUGUACAAAAAAUCCCGAUUUUCAUAUUUACUGAUGUGCUCGAAUGUGCUCGAAUGUGCUCGAAUGUGCUCGAAUGUGUUAAAAAUCAUUUAUUUAAUCUGUAUUACGAAUUGAUGCAUUUUUUAUGUUUCCACCAUUGGUGGACCACCAAUCUAGGAAGUGUAAUUUAAGGAAAAGUAUGUAAAUAAAGUAUAUUUAGUUAAAUAAGAA